GAGGGCCGCCCGCAGCACCGCCCGCAGCACCGGCAGCGCGGGGAGGGCCGGGCAGGGCGAGGGCCCGGAGCCACCCCCGAGGGAGCGGCUGGGGAGGCGCCGGCGCCGGAGGGGCUGCCCGAGCCGGGCGCACCCUCGAGUCGCUGCCCCCGGCGGGCCCGAGCGCUCCCGCUCCGCACCCGGGACAUGAACUUGAUCGACAUCCUUUGGAGGCAAGAUAUAGACCUUGGGGCARGACGUGAAGUUUUUGAUUCUAGUCAGCGACGGAAGGAGUAUGAACUCGAGAAACAGAAGAAACUUGAAAAGGAAAGACAAGAGCAGCUCCAAAAAGAGCAGGAGAAAGCCUUGCUGGCUCAGCUGGAGUUAGACGAAGAGACAGGCGAAUUUAUUCCUGUGCAGCCAGCUCAGWGCAUUCAGUCAGAAAAUACUGAGCCACCCGUUGUUUUCUCACAGACCACAGAGCCUUCAAAACCAGAAGCAGAGGCCUUGUCCUUUGAUGACUGCAUGCAUCUCUUGGCAGAAACAUUCCCAUUUAUAGAUGAGCAUGAGGCUUCUUCAGCUUCAUUUCAGUCACUGGUUCCUGCUCAGGUCAAUAGCAACCCAGCCUUUGCUUCCUCUGAUCAAACUCAGCCACCUGAAUCCUCUGAUCUAGUACCACCCACUGAUGCAGAGAAUAUGCAGAACAUAGAGCAAGUUUGGGAAGAAUUAUUGUCCCUUUCAGAGUUACAGUGCCUGAACAUCGAAAGUGAUAACCUGGCUGAGGUGAGCACAGUCACGAGCCCUGAAACCAAGCCAGCAGAGAUGCACAGCAGCUACAAUUACUGCAGCUCAUUACCCAUGAUGAAAAAAGGAGUUAGCUGCAGUCCAGAUUUCCUGGAUGGUAUGGAGGGCCCCUUUUCAGGCAUUUUGCCACCAGAAGACACCAGUCAGCUGAGUGUGAACUCUUUAAAUGACACAUCCCCUUCAAACUCAGAUUUCUGUGAGGAUUUCUACAGCACCUUUAUUGAUACAAAGGCCAACGGUGAUGCAGCAGCAACGAACACUAUCAGUCAAUCCCUGGCGGAGAUUCUAAGUGAACCUAUUGAUCUCUCAGACUUCGCGCUGUGUAAAGCUUUUAAUGGCAGCCACUCAGGGACCAGAGCAGAAUGUAACGAUUCUGACUCUGGUAUUUCACUGAAUGCAAGCUCUAGCGUGGCAUCACCAGAACACUCUGUAGAAUCUUCUGCCUGUGCAGAUAAGACUUUGGCUUGCAGCGAUUCUGAAAUGGAAGACACGGAUAGUGCUCCUGGAAGUGUGCUGCACAGCAAUGCUACUGCGUACUCUUUGCACCUGCAGGAUCCAGSGUUUUCUUCCGUAGGGCCAAACGCUCAAACACCAAGUUUGCCAUGUACAGCCACACCAAAGCAAGAACCCCCUCCUGSUCCCGGCCAACCCAAAGCUCCGUUCACAAAAGAUAAACCUCCCAGCCGCCUUGAGGCUCAWCUCACGAGAGAUGAGCAAAGAGCAAAAGCUCUGCAGAUCCCUUUUCCUGUUGAAAAAAUCAUCAAUCUCCCUGUUGAGGACUUCCAUGAAAUGAUGUCUAAAGAGCAGUUCAAUGAAGCCCAGCUUACACUUAUUCGAGAYAUACGCAGGAGAGGUAAGAACAAAGUGGCUGCUCAAAAUUGCCGUAAGAGAAAACUGGAAAAUAUAGUAGAACUGGAGCAAGAUUUGAGUAACCUAAAAGAUGAGAAAGAGAAAUUGCUUAAGGAAAAAGGAGAGCAUGACAGGAGCCUUCAUCAAAUGAGGAAGCAACUCGCCACCUUGUAUCUCGAGGUCUUCAGCAUGCUACGUGAUGAAGAUGGAAAGCCUUACUCUCCUAGUGAAUAUUCACUGCAACAAACUAGAGAUGGCAAUGUCUUUCUUGUUCCUAAGAGCAGGAAGUCAGGGACUAAACUUUAAAGGGCAGCACAGCUGGCUACUGUUCUCUGAGUUAYUAUUUUUGUAUCAUUAUCAUGAUAGUUUUUACUGUGAGGUGAAAUGCAGAAUUAAGUAAUAUUUGUCAAGUAAGUCUAUGCAAUGAUAAUUUUAAAGUUGUUAAUUAGCUUAUGGAAGAUGCAAGUUGAAAAUUAAUCAUGCAAUGCAGAUGGGCAUAUACAAAAUUUUUAAUCUGACUUUUGUAACAGACAUUUCCUUCCUAUAGCUCCACUYUGACUAGUUUCCAUAUAUGUGUAAAUAUUUAAAUAUGCCAUAUUUAUAUACUGUUCCUAUCUAUUGUUAUAUUCACAGAUUUAUUUGAUAUAUAUAUAAAAAUAUGAUUUUAGCYUUCUAAAUAUAAUUUCUUGCAAGACAACCAGGAUGGCUUCUGAUAUUUUUUUUUUAUAAAUAUGCAAUGGUGUCUCCCAUUUUUCUUACACAUUUACACUUGCUUUAUAUUUAAUAUAUUAAUUUAGUAUAAAAGUUGACAGUGUUUGAUUUUGCUUWAUCAGCUCAUUAAACUUUUUUAACUCCAUACACAUUUCUUUGUCUAAAGAAGAGAAAUCCUUGCUAGUUUWCUAAGGCUGAGUCUUGAUGUAACAGAUGUGCAUGAUAAUCAAUCACACAUCAGUGUCAGCAUUACUAAUGCUUCAUUCAGCUUCAUUUCAUAACCUUUGGAAAGAUCAUGUAACACAAAGUUUCAAGUCUGUGCUAAGCUUACAUUCUUGUUUUCCUCCUUGAACACUGUAAAUUCAUGAGAUCUUUUCUUCAAAGGCAUUUAAAAUCUGUUAAGGCAUUGUCAGCAUUAUGCCUUUUUUCAGCUAAAAUUUCUCAAUGUUUUCAAGCAGUUCUCCUAGAAAUACGKUACUGUGCCUCUGACUUCAAUCAAUGAGCGUCACUUGUCCCUGCGGGUACUGUGGUGCUGGUGGGUAACAGCAUCCUAGCAGCCAGCCACUUGCACUGUUGGGAAUCUGCUCAGUGAAUUGAAAAGUUUCAUGGAGUUUUUAAAUUAUAAUUUGUAAAAGAAUAAAAAAUGGGCAAAUAAAUAGCAUUACUUUGUUUACUGCUCAGAGGAACUCAUCACACUUCAUUGUUUUGGAUUUUUUCAAUACAGAAAAUGUAUAAUUUACAAGACAUGUUGAUCUGAAUAUUAAAAACUGUAUCAUCUUCCCUAUGAAACUUCUAAAAGGCAUGCUUGAUCUGAAGU